AUGGAGAGGUUCGGGGGAAAAGGGGUGAAGGGUUGUGAAGGCUUGCCUGCUGAAACAUCUGCCGCCAUUGCCCAUAAAAAGAUUAUCAUUGCUCCUUACAAUAACACAAAAGAAAAUGACCAAGUGUUACGUGAGAGUGAAGCUGCAGAUGUCAUUGCAGCUGUUGCUGGUUUAAUAAGAAUAUUUAAAAAGAAAUUAUGGGAAUUGCCUUCAAUACAUGCAAUUCAAGCUUAUAAGAUCCUGAUUUUGUGCAUGGAGCAUCAUUAUCGCAAGCAGGCCAUAAUGGAUGGCGUGUCAAGGGUCAGACUGCAGAUCUUUGAAAUGAUAUUUGAAAUGAGGGCAAAUUCAAAGUGUCAAUUGGGAUUCCUAAGUACACCAACUAGAAGCAACGGAGAGGGAGAGGAUAGUUUUUCCUCUAUGCUACCACAAUACACUCCAUAUGUUUUAGUAAAUGACAAGCAUAGCCAGAGAUUUUCAUCAGCUGAUGAACAAGGUGAAGAUGAUCCAGAGCAGAGGUUAAAUGAUUCUAAUACAGUUAUUGCUUCAGAGACUGCAAAUGAAGACAGUGAUUUAACAUCAAAAGAUUCUACAAUUGUAGUGUCGGAUCAGUCAUCAAUGUCCAAGGUUGAAGUGACUCAUCUUUCCCUUAUUCAGGCAGCAAUGACAGUCAUCGUGGCCAUGAAUAAAGAAAAGGAUUGGGAAGUGCUUCGUCUUAUUCUUGAGAGAGUGCCUCAGGUUCUACAGAAUAGAGCCCUCAUUUUGUCUCGUGAUGGCAACAACAUAAAUUAUUUUGCACUAGCUCUGUGUGCCUUAGUUACUGACAAGAACUUGGGUUUGCCAGAGUCUUUGCGCAACACACCAGCAAAGUUUACAAGGUCUGACUUUCAAAGUUAUGUUUUUCCUGUUCUUGGGAAUUUGGCUUCUUACCAUAAGUAUUUGGAGGCUCCCGUUCAGCAGAAGGUCAUCAAAUGCUUAGAGUUAGGAGUUCUAAGUCGCUGUGCUGGACCACUGUGUGUUAGUGCUCUUACUCUGUGUGUGCUAGAGAUGAGAGAUUCUAUGAUCAAGCUGCUGCGGGAGGUUAUGUUGAAUCUUUCCAAAAUUACUGCAACUGUCCAAAAUGCUCAACCUAUUUUAGAGUUUUUGUCCACUUUACUCCACUUACCAAAGGUGUAUGCUAGCUUUGUGUCAGACCAGUACAUGUCUAUCUUUGCUAUUGCCAUUCCCUACACAAACCCAUUCAAGUUUAACCAUUACAUUGUAUCGCUGGCAUACCAUGUGAUUGCCAUGUGGUUUUUGAAGUGUCGCCUGCCUUUCAGAAGACACUUUGUUCCUUUCAUUUCUAAGAAUCUGAAUAUGAUACUAGCCAAUGAGGAGGCAGCAACUAGGAGGCGUAGUGCAAGUGCUAGUGAACAGGCUAUACUCCUUGCCAGAGCAAGAAUGACUCGGUCAAUGUCAUUUUCCCACAAACGGCUUGAGGAAAUGGGUCGAGGAAAAGGGGACAUUGAUAUGAUACAAUUUCAUAAUGAUUUACGUGAAACCUGCGUAGAUUUGAUGGCACGUUACACCUUUGCUUCCUGUGCUCCUCUUCCAAAAAGAGGGAGUGUUGCAGAGAUGUUGGUGUCUGGGGGCCAGUCUCAAACUUGGCUUGUUGGUAAUAAGCUUAUUACUAUAACUACCUCUGGCUGCUCACAGAGACCUCUUAAAUAUGGACUAUGUGAUAAAUGCUUGCAGUUGUGCAAUCUAGAAAAGGGAAGCCCAGCUCCUGAACCUUUUAUAUCCAGCACAGCUAGCGCUAGUCGUAGACGUCAUCGCUCAGAAUUUCAUAGAACCAUAUCACAUGAGGCCAACUUCAAACCUCAAAGUAAAGAUGAUCUCCAUAUGAGAAAUGUGAAGAGAACUAGUGGAGAUAUUCUUUCAGGGCUUGGAGAUCAAGGUGAUGGCAUUAGUUGGCCUAGUAGUGGACUUGGUGAAUCUACUGAGGGUGACCGGCUAUCUAUAGGUAGUGGUGUGUCUACAUCUGGUGUUGGUAACACAGAUACCAAAUCAGGUGAACCUCAUUUAUGCGCCUGUUGGUGUCAAGGGUGGGCAGAAAUUUACAUCAGACAAGCUACAGGUAACAUGUCCUGGAUGAUGCGCAUUCAGAAUCAUCAGACCUUAGUCUCUUCAGGAGGAGAACUUCCAUUGCAUGACAUCAGUGUCUUAUUUGCUCCAACACCUGCUGGUGAAUCAGCUGACCUUGCAGGAUCAGUCUUUACUCAUCAUAAAAUUGACUCUGAAACUCUGGAGGAUGAAAAGUAUGAGGAACUUCUCAGUCAGCAGUUUGAAGAGACUAGACCUAGGGCCUUCUCAGGAGCAUCAGAUAGAACACAAGAUUCUGAUCCAGGUUCACAAAGAGAUUCUAGUGGCUGGAGUAGUGGAGCACCUUCACACACAUCAUCAGAUCCUCGCAUAAAUUCUGCUGAACCUGGAGAUGACACUCGAGGAAGUUCCCCUCUCACUACCACAAGCACAUCAGGUGAAAACCCAGAGGAUCCACGUGUCCCUGUACAGCGUUGCCAUUCUAGUCCUGAAAUGAGUGAAGGAGUAGUUGUUGGUGGGGAAGAAGGUGGUGUUCCCCCACUUACAGAAUGUGAAACUCUUGAUGAUACAUCAGGUAUACUCACGGAGUCAAGUGAUACGACACAGGUGCAGUCGUCAGCCUCCAAACCCACAAAACCUAAACCUAGAUUUGAAUCCCUCUCAGGUGGAAGUAGUGUUGGUUCUACUUCACCGCCACCUAUGCCCUCAACUCGGAUGCGUCACACAUCAGCUUUCCAGACGAAGAGUGUUGGUAGUGGCAGUGUUUCACCUAGUAGUGGUAUGGUUGGUUCUGGGACAAUGGAAGGUGAUGAUGAUGGUUCUCCACGUCCGAUCCGCAGAGGCAGAGGUCAUACUAUUUCUGACAUGAACCCUGCAUCACGAAAGUUGCAAGUGCGAGCGGCAGUUGCUUCUAGAAAAAUGAACUCUUCUAAAGAAGCAAAAGGUGGCAUAUCUCCCAGUUUUGUGUUCCUUCAGCUUUAUUACCAUGGGUGUUUAGGUGCUGGUAAUGAGAGACCUGUUUUAGUUCCAACACAUCAACCUGAGAUACAGCGUGCAUUACGUGUAUUAGAUCUGAUGAGACCUCAAGAAACGCACAGAAUUGGUGUGCUGUAUGCUGGCCCUGGGCAAAUCACCGAACAACAGAUUCUUAGAAAUUCAUUUGGUUCAUGGAGGUAUAUGAUGUUCUUGCAGGGCUUAGGUACUGUGUUGGAAUUAAGUAACAUAUCGCCUGAUGAAGUUUUUCUUGGAGGUCUCGACACAAAAGGCAAUGAUGGUAAACUAGUCUACAUUUGGCAAGAUGAUGUCAUGCAGGUUGUUUAUCACAUUGCUACUCUGAUGCCUACAAAAGAAUCUGAUCCAAACUGCAAUGGUAAAAAACGUCACAUUGGUAAUAAUUAUGUGACGAUAGUUUAUAAUGAAAGUGGUCAGCCAUACAACAUAAAUACUAUCACAGGCCAGUUUAACCAUACCGUAGUGGAAGUUGUGCCAGAAGAUCAUUCUACGAAUAGUGUCAGUGUUGUCUGUCGCCCAGAUUUGGAAGAUUUUGUCGGUGGUGGCGGAGAUCCCAGAAUUGUAUCGGAUGCUAAUUUGCCCAUUCUUGUUCGCCAGCUUGCACUUCAUGCUGAUCUUGCAUCCAUGAUUUGGGAUUCAUUAAUUAGACCACCUCACAAUCCAUACGCAAGUAAUUGGCUCGAAAGACUGAGAAAAAUCAGAAAAAUCAGACAAACAGUACUUCCUUCACCUGAGGCUCAGCAUGCCUCCAAUCUGCUGGACUUCACAGACAUGAUUGAAUUGGACAAAGGUGAUAAGGGUAAAGGUGGUACAGCAGGAAACUUCCAUUCUUAUCCUAUAUGGCACAACUAAAACUGCAUAACUGAUUGUUUCAAGUUCAUAAUUCCAUGAAGUACGAGAAAACUGUGAAAAGUAUUUGAAAUACCGUUUUAAGUAUACUGUAUUAUCAAGGUCCACAUUGUAUAAUGCUUCUUAUAGGAAUUGAAUCCAAUACAUCUGCUGCAGUUCAUAAAAGUACUUUGAAACUGGUGUUUUGACCAAAAAUCAGAAGCAUUGUGAUAUUUUUACUAUCAUGCUGUUUAUUUAUCAAGCGUUACUCUAUAUACUUCAUAAAAGUGUGCUUCUGCUAUAUAUUUUGAUAACCAGCAUAAACUGUGUUGAAAAAUGUUAGGUUUUUUCAAGUGUGAAUUUAUUUCCCUCAUGUGAUGGUACAUUAUAUAGUAUACCAUUGUCCGUCCUUAUGUAAGCACAUGCAAGUGUCUAUUUGCAUCAUUACCAUUGUGGUUAAAAGAAUGUCAAGUUGAAAGAAUUGGUGCUCUGUUCCUUGUGAUAAGUUUAUGGAAAACAUAGUCAUUAUAUUGAAAGUGGCAUCUGUAGUGGAAAAUGUUACAAAACCUUCGCGUAAAUUUUAAUAUCUUGUCUUGACUGGCAUUAAUUCUUGCAAGUUACUUUUAUGAAAUUUGUUUGCAAAAGGAAAUCAAUAUUAAGUAUUAAAAUUUAAGAGUAGAAGAGUAAAUUUUUAAACCUAUGUUUAUAUUUGGGAAUGCAAAUACACAGAGCAGGAUUAAGCUUUAAAAUGUGCACAUUGUAAUUUUGAGGAAUUAAUGCUACAAACUCAACCAGAUUUUAAUCCAAUUAUGAGUUUUAUUUUAGAACAAGAGACUUGCAACAUUUGCAUGGGUAUAAUACAACCUGGGGAUUACUUCAAGAGUAUUUAGCCUGUAACAGGCUUUUUAAGAAUUGACAGGUCUGUGUGAAUCACAAAAUAUUAAAUAUUUUGGCUGGAUAUAUUCUAGUAUUCUUUUCACUUUAUUCAGGCCUGGCAGUGAUUGAAAAUAAAAUUAACUUUGAUUUAUUUAUGCAUUACAAGAUUUAUAAAAUAAGAGCUACAUGAAAUAAAGUAAAAUGCACAAAAUUUUUGAGGUAGACAAUGCAUUUCAUCUCUGAAUAUGGUAUACUGUACAGUGAACUGUACAUUUCAUACUUGUAAAGUUGCUUUGUGUGGUCUCUGAUUAAAGUUGUUGGAUUCGUGUUACUAAAUGUAGUUCAUCAGGCUGGAAAGAAUUGGACAAAUUAUAUUUUUGCAGACAUUUGCUGGUAAAUUUUCUAUAAUUUCCAAGUAAGCAUAUUUUUUAAUUUGGGUAUCUUUUAAAGACAGUUACAACAGAAUGGCAGAAUAAAAAUUGCUCAAAUAAAUGCUAGCUAGUUUUAUAAUUGAAUAAUGUUAAAUAUUUAUAUUUGUUUAUAUAAUUUAAUGUACAUUUCAUUAGUUGUAAAUGGACAUUUUCUCUUGUGUAGGACAAAUUGCUCUCUAACCUGUUGUCAUAUUAGGGAAACACGGGUGAAAAGUUUUGCGCAAUCCAAAUGCAUUUUUUCUGUACAAAAUUUGUCUUGCAUUUAAUAUGAAAUAAUAAGAAAUUACUGUUUUAUUACAUUUUUGUCAGCAAUAAAUGUUAUUAUAUU